AUGAAUAAUGUGUGGACGACGAUAGCACUCCGAACGCCAUGCGCCGCCGUACGAUCGAACACGCGAGGCACGCCUCUGCUGCAUCUCUUCCACAGCUAUGCAAAGCAGCACUCGUCUCUGACGCUCGCCAUACCAUCGUGCGCACGAGCUCGGUCGAGAUGGGUCACGAAGGAGAUGGCGUGUGCUGUGAAGCAAGAUCGCUCUUUCACAGCGACAUCUGCGGUAGCAGCCAAGUCAAGGAACAACCGCACGCCAUCAGCACCCAAGUCGAAUCCUAAGAUCGCGUCUCGCACGGCAGAAGCGCGGAACGACGCCAGGCUCCAGGCCGCGCCGACAGUGGCUUCGCAUACGGAAGGAGUGCCCGCCGGAGGAGAAGAAGAAGAAGAAGAAGAAGAAGCUUUGACAUGGCGAGACUACGACCCUGCAGGCGGGAUGCCAUUGCCGAAUGGUGAGCUGAGCCAGCCAGAAAUCAACGCCGUCUUCAACGGCGAAGAGGUCGAUGCUGAUACCGGCAACUACAUUCUCUCGGUAAUGCAUUGGCGCCGAAUGUCGGGGGCAUUGAUCGAUGUUGGCCUGGACUUUCCUAACGACAGUGGUGUGCAUCGAGACUGGGCAUUAAAAGGUCUGCAAUACGUUCGAGUGAUAGUACCCGACGUGGAUGAGUCUGCGGCUGGUCAAAGCUGGGCAGAAGAGGAAUCACAACGGCUGCAGGAAGAGAUCCAGGCACGCGCCGUCAAGCUAGGCAUCUACAAGGCCGCCCCAGAGGAGGAGCAGGAGCAGGAGCAGGCGCAAGAAGACUCUCCUUACGCGCCAAGUCAGCUUCAGAGGAUGAGGGAAGAGAAGGAAGCUGCCUGGGAGAAAGAGCAAGAGCGGCGUGCUGUACAACAAGAUCAUAGCAGAGCCGCCGCCCUCCACUCCAAUCGGGGUCCUCUCGAGCUCGGCGCAGGUGUGCAACCGACCAUACAAGCCCGUACCAACAUGGCAACCAAACAAGUCGACAUCAUCCGAGCUCCAGCAGGCGGCGUCAACAUCCGCCCACCGGCCCCCAAGGCCUGGCUGCAGCCUGUCAAGCGAAAGCCAUGGGUAAAAUACUACGAAGAACAAGCUGAAGUCAUCAAAGGCCUCUCCGUUCCCCAACUCAGCCUCCUCCAACGCCUAGGAGGCCCAUUUCUAGUGACCCUCCUUGUCCUCGCCGGCUGCUACUAUCUCAGCGAGAACUACACACCACCUCCCAAAUCCGCGCGCGUCUGGCCAGAUACAGCACCUUCUGCGGCAACACUAUGGGCUGUUACCGGCGUCCUCGUAGCAGGUUUCAUCAUGGGCCGCAUGCCGCCUUUGUGGCGUGCGUACAGCAAGUACAUGACGUUGGUCACCGCAUAUCCCAACUCGCUCAGCGUCAUUGGAGCAAUAUUCCGUCAUGACACAGUUGCGCAUUUGGGGUGGAAUCUGUUGACGCUCUGGUUCAUAGGUCUUUCACUUCACGAAAAUGUUGGCCGAGGCACCUUCUUAGCAAUCUUCCUAGCCACGGGCACGGCAGGUGCAUUCGCUUCCCUCGCAGUCAACGUCCUUCGACAGCAAUGGACGGCCUACAUAUUUGGCUGCUCUGGCUCCGUACUGGGCGUAUUUGCCGCGCUAUGCACUCUUAGACCGAACAGCACGAUUAGCGUGUUUGGUUACGAUGUACCAAUCGCAGCAUGGGUCUUCCUUGCACUAUUUGGUUCCCUUGAAGCGAUUGCCAUUGUCAGAAGAUUGCCGACUGCCAUUGACCAUGUUGGUCAUUUGGGCGGCAUGGUGACUGGUUUUGGCGCAGGGCUUUGGAUGAGGCAGAAAGUGCGGAGGGAGCAAAUGGUAGCCACACCGUCGGAAGAAGCCCGCCAGCCCACUGCUGCACCUCAAUGA